AUGGGGAUGAAUUUCAAUACGGAAAGUAUGAUGAGAAUCGAGUUGGUGAUCUUCAGGGUGAGCCGUGGACCAUUUGUGGAGGAGUUCUACCAAUGUGUGACCUAUGGUUUCUACACGGAGCCAUGGCAAGAGCAACUGUACACCGGAUUCAGUUUCGUCUGCAUGUUUAUGCUGCCGCUUCUGAUCCUCGUCUCCACUUAUGUGUCAACAAUCAUUACGCUCUCUAAGUCUGAUAAAAUGGAGGUGACGGGUAAAUCGGACCCUACAAGACACAGACUGAUUCACAGGGCGAAAAUGAAGAGUUUCCGGAUCUCCGUGGUGAUUGUGACCACUUUCAUAGUCUGGUGGACGCCCUACUAUAGCAUGAUGAUCAUUUUCGUGUUCCUCAACCCUGAUAAGCAUCUGAGCGAGGAACUACAGAAGGCCAUCUUCUUCUUUGGCAUGUCCAACAGCCUAGUCAAUCCCAUUAUUUAUGGCGCCUUUCACUUUGGAGGCCGGAAAGAAGAAGAAAAAAGGAAGCCAAAGGUGGUUUAA